AGCGGGGCCACGAGGCCAGCGAGGAAGAGACCACGUUACGCCGCUCUCCACGUUGGGAGGCGAGGAUUUCAACCUCUUCAGUGGCGCGCACCAGAGAGCGAGCAGGAACGGGCCGUCCCACGGACGAGGCGCGUCCGUGGUGGGGUGUCAGCCGUGGCUUAUCUGGCGACUUUAUGUAUAUUACGAUACCCCAGGCAGGAACACGAGCAGUUCACUGCUGGCUAACCGGUCGGAGAAGUCGGCGGCGAAGCCGAGUCAUCCGGAGCGACGCGCCUCGUUGAGAGCGAGAGAAUCGUGGACGAGAAAAACGUGUUCGAUAUAACGAGGAAGACAGAGGAAGAGGGAGAAAGAGAGAGAAAGAGGGAUAGAGGACGACAACAUUUCUUUUUUCCUUUUACCGUUCUCUUUCUCUCUCGUUCGUCAUAAUUGUGCGACGCGACAGCAUCGUGCAGCCCUCAAACCCGCGUCACGUCGCGACCGCAUCGGCGCAACGUGAGGAUCGCGAGCGGCAAGAUUUCUGUGGUGUGCACCUUGCCGGCCGAGCAGUUCGGCAAGCUGAUCGAACGGAUAUUCUCAACGCCACCUGCUGACCACUUCGAUCCAGGAUGAUCGUGCUCGCGUGGUCCCUCCUCGUCAUCACUCUGCUCUUCGUGACGGGCAACCAGGCCUUCCUUAACGCGCCCAUACCAGCUCACGCGGUAUCGAGCUACAGUUUCGGCGCUGAAAGACUGAUGGAGAGCAAUAAAAUGACUCGCGGCGUGAACGACAACCGUCACUCGGUCGUCUCGAAAUUCGAUGACGACGACGACGACAACGACGACAACGACGAUGAGGAGACAGUCUACGUGAUCGAGUACAACGAGGAGGAGAGAGAGAAUAACAUGCAGAAAGAAAGAACCAAGGAUGGUUCCUACUUUGUUAUAGUCAAGAGCGACCCGCAAAACCCGUUGGACCCGUGGUCGAUAGUCUGGUACAUCGGUUCGUUCGGCGGCCUGGUGGCGUUCUUCCUCAUCGUCAGCUGCUCCGAAUGGUGCUGCCGACGGGCCGCACGACCCCUCGCGAUGCCGUACGCGCAGCCUACCGAGGUGAUAAGCUCGCGCGGCGUCGCGGAGACCCCGCCGCCGCCUUAUCAUCUGUUCGCUCCGCCACCGUACGACUCCGUCAACUACGGCGAGAUCGUGGACAAGACGUCCGGCGAGAAGCUCGACAUCUACGUAAUCUCGGUGCCAACGCAACGACCAGUGGUGCAGGCGCCGGCGUAGAAGACGAGCUUUCGGAUCCACUCGGAUCCGUCGGCGCGAUGCUGAACAAUCGGUUGAUAGCCGAAAAGUAACUCGAGGAACACGGUGAAACUACACUUGUUGUUUACACGACGUCACCAAGGAACAAAGCGAGCUGUAAGCUCGCUGGAUAUCACGGCAUGAAAUAAUGGGCUACUCCCUCGUAAUACCGUGUCAUUCCGGAUUACGUGGGUCGUGAUUCACGUUACCAUGAAAAGAGAGAGAGAGAGAUUCAUCCCGAUUCUCCGAAUCACGGCGGAGUAAUCGCAGACGUUGAUUCACGAGGAAGUGAUCAUGGAAGAACUAGCGAGAGAAACGUGUUAACGGAAGGUAGCUUCGAUACGAGGAAAUGGAACGUCGGUUUUGUAUAUUAUAUUGGAUCCUCCGUAACUCUGUUCGCGGAAAGUGUUGCCGACGAUUCGCUUGGAACCUAUGAAAAACGAGAACAUUGACUGAGAGAAUUUGUAUGAAAAUGUUUGUCGCAACAGUGGCACAACGACGUUCCGAUAUAAUAUACCGAAUAUUCGCGUCAAAGACUCAAAUAUAUGUGUGUAUGCGUGCGUGCGUAUUAUUUUGUGUAUACAAGAUUAUUUAUGAAAAGUUGAUGCAAAAGUGAAACGGUUCAUAAUUAGAGACGAAUUCGCCAGCUCUUUGAACCGACAGAUUUAACAAAGACUUGAGAAAAUACUGAUUGCGUCGAUUGUAGAGAGCAAUAAUUUAACAUAAUUCGGAUUAAUGACGAACCAAUACGACUUGCACGAUCGACACGGAAAUUCCGAAAUUUAUAUUUGCAUACGGAGAAAAUAUUGUAACAAAAUUUAAUUAUAUAUUGUAGUGAAAAAUUAAAGUUAGAAUCAUAUUUCUUUCUACAACGUUGUUUGGUUCAACUAUAUCGAAAUUGUAUAAAGGAGAGUGUUUAAAAAGUGUUAAUUUUGACCUCCUCACGAAAAGUGAAUAAAAAAUUGUUAUCUAAGUUCUCAAUAAACGGAAAAUAUAAAUUAUUUGUCCCGAAAGUGAUGGGCACAUUUUUUAGAAUGUUUCAAAUAUAUUGAAAAAUGUCGCUAUACAAAUCUACACUCUGUUGCACGAAUUUUCACAAUGAAUUAUUUUCCCUAAAAUUCAGUAUCUAGGAGUUUUUAGGUCGCUGAUUAUGAAUCUGCUAUCAGAUUUUCAAAAUAUUUUCUGUUUAUUAAGGACCCAGACAAUAAUUUUUUAAGAUUUAUUCACUUUUCAAUAAAAAUACAAUAACAUCUGUCAUAAUUAUAUAUGGCCUAAGAUUACAAAAAUUUUAUCAUAAUUUUCAUUACAAUAUUUCUUCCGUAUUAAAACGUUUCAUCUGCGUUAUACUGAGAAUAUGUUUCGAUGAGCGGGACAUUAAUAGCAAGAAUGUGAAUUCAGAAAAUAUUCAACAAGCAAGUCGCAGAUAAACGACAUGGUCGAUCACUGCCACACGAAACGAGACGGCAAAGAUUCAUAUAUUAAUUUCAGAUUCUAUAGCUGGAUUGGUAUUCAUUCACACAUAAUGGUGAAUCAGAACUUAUUUUCCUGUUAAAAAGAUUCCUCCGAAAAUACAUGAGCCGUCGCGUGACGACUCCAGGAGGUCCCUAAUUUAUCAUUCAAACAGAAAUCGUCCUAGACAUCGUCCAAGCGUCUGACUGGGCAAGUCGCGCGGAAUGUAUAAUAUUUAUGAGCCGACUAUGAGAGGCUCUCGAGAGUUGUACGUGAUAGCGUCGCACGCGAUUGGCCCCAUUCGCCUACCGACUCUCUGUCAAUUAGGGACGAUUAGCGUAGAUUAUAAAUCGACUGUCGCGCGCGAGGAGUGGUCUCCUCGCGAACGAGGCCGCGCGAAAGUAAUUUAAGAUAAUGGCGCGAGCAUAUUCGAGAGACAAAUGCCGCGCGCUCGCGCUCAUCGAGAAGGACACUGACGCGUCGCGGACAGCUCGCGGCGAUCAAUUACGCAUUAAUUAGCGUAGCGUAAGUACUCACGGCCGGAGCCUUCGCGCAACUUCUCGCAGUAUGAGAGAAGUAUCUCUGACGCAAGCGUGGAUUCCGAAAACACGCAACACGUCGAUGAAAAACACCGAUCGAGAUUACGACUUGUGACGUUUCCUCGCUGCUGUUAAAACAUUCCGGUUGAGCGCGCGAUAUCAUUCUUCGGGCUCGAGUAAAAAUAAACGAGUAAAUAAUAAUAAUCCUAUUUUGAUCAAUGGGACUCUGAUCUUGAUAAGCGAGCAACGGAACGAGAAAGAGAGAGAGAGAGAGAGAGAAGGUAUUUUAAGUUUCUACUUCAUCUCGCAGAGAGUAUUUGAUAGCAACUGCAACUUCGUUAAUAUUUUACAUUCUCUGUCACAGAGUCGGUUUGACUCGUUUGUAUUAUAUCGUGAUAACAUUCGUGAUAACAUAAGAAGCCUAAUUAACAGAGCUCCAUUGUCGAGAGUGCACAUCGCGAUCGAUUCAUUGUCCUUAAGAAAAUGACGACGCUGUCGCUAUUUAUUUUUUAUACUUUUAUACACACAAUUUAUAUACAUACUCAAACGUCUCUACGUUAUCAAUAAAAUUUCUUUUCACACAUGAAAAACAAUUUCUUAUC